AUGGAGCACUUGACUGAGGCAGACCAGCUGCACCAGCAGUUGAGUCAGCCAGAUGGAUCUAACAAGAAAAUCGACCUUGCUGGCGGUCCGCUUCAGAAUGGCGGACAUGUCGAUGCGUCUGUCCCCACGGGAGAGAAGAAGUCAUUCAGCAAGGAGGAAUAUACGACUCCCGAGAAAGAUGGUGCCUCUCAAGUAGAAGGGCAUGUCGUCGAGGGUCAAAUCCCGACCGAGGAGGAGAAAAGAACCCUUCGCCACGUCGGUGAACCCGUCCCCAAAGCUGCCUUCCUAGUCGCCGUUGUCGAGCUGUGCGAACGCUUCACAUACUACGGCGCAUCAGGCAUUUUCCAGAACUAUGUCAAGAAGCCCCUUGAUGGCAGCGAAGGCCGCGGCGCCCUUGGUAUGGGACACCAGGGGGCGACUGGCCUGACCACCUUCUUCCAGUUCUGGUGCUAUGUGACGCCCAUCUUCGGUGCCAUCAUAGCUGACCAGUACCUCGGAAAGUACAAUACCAUUCUCAUCUUCUGCUUCGUCUACCUCGCCGGAUUGCUCAUCCUGACUACGACCUCCAUCCCCUCUGCCCUUGAACAUGGGUCGGGUGUGGGUGGCUUCAUCGCGUCCAUCCUUAUCAUUGGCAUAGGCACUGGAGGCAUCAAGUCCAACGUCGCCCCUCUCAUUGCAGACCAGUACAAGCGUCGGCAGAUGGCCAUCAGCACCGACAAGAAAACCGGCGAGCGCAUCAUCCUCGACCCCUCCAUCACCAUUCAGCGCAUCUACAUGAUCUUCUACUGGUGCAUCAACUUUGGAUCUCUCGCUCUGCUCGCUACUCCCUACAUGGAGCGUGAUAUCGGCUAUUGGUCCGCUUACCUGCUCUGCACCUGCGUCUUCUGUGUCGGCACUGUUGUUCUCGUCCUGGGAAGAAAGGUGUAUAUUGUGCGGCCGCCCCAGGGCUCCGUCAUCACGGACGCCUUCCGCGUGAUGUGGAUGAUGAUCAAGAACCGGAAGAUGGAUGCAGCGAAGCCGUCGUACCAGGUUGCCAUGGGUAACACCAGGUCCUUGAAGUGGGACGAUCACUUCGUGGAUGAGGUGAAGCGAGCAUUGAUCGCCUGCCAGGUCUUCUGCUUCUAUCCCAUCUACUGGGUCGUCUACGGACAAUUCUCCAACAACUUCGUCACCCAAGCGGGCCAAAUGCGCGGCCACGGCAUCCCCAACGACCUGAUGCAGAACUUCGACCCCAUCGCCAUCAUCGUCUUCCUACCCGUCCUCGAUCGCCUGUAUCCCCUCUUGACCAAGCACAAGAUCCGGUACCCGCCCAUCAACCGCAUCGUGACCGGCUUCUGGCUUGGAAGCUUGGCCAUGGCCUACGCUGCCAUCAUCCAGUACUACAUCUACAAGUCCGGGCCCUGCUUCGACAGACCUCUGUGCGAUGCCGAUCUCGACGCAGCCGGUGUGCACAUGGGAAAUAACAUCCACAUCGCCAGCCAAACAGGCGCGUACAUGCUCAUCGGCCUCUCCGAGAUCUUCGCCUCCGUCACCGGCCUCGAAUACGCCUACACCAAGGCCCCGCCCAGCAUGAAGUCCUUCGUGCAAUCCAUGUUCCUGCUCACCUAUGCCCUUGGCGCCGCCAUCUCCGAGGCUUUGAACCCCGUCUUGUACGAUCCGGCUAUCCAGUGGAUGUUUGUGGGGCUGUCGGUGGCUAGCUUCAUCACGGGUGUUUUGAUUUGGAUCCUGUUCCAUCAUCUGAAUGAUGAGGAGGAUAAGUUGAAUGCGCUGGAUCAGGAUUACGAUGAGGAUCCGACGUUGAGGAGAGCCAGUGUCAAGGGGGAUAGGACAGUGGGGUUGCAUCAUGGAGAGCCGGAAGAAAAGGUUUAG